AUGGAGCGCUCGCAGAGUCGGAUCAGCCUGUCGGCCUCCUUCGAGGCCCUGGCCAUCUACUUCCCCUGCAUGAACUCUUUUGAUGAGGACGAUGUCGAUGCUGAGGGUAGAAGGCUAAAGGGGAUCCAAAGGAGCACUGAGACGGGACUGGCUGUAGAGAUGCCCAGCCGCACUGUACGCCAGGCCAGCCACGAGUCCAUUGAAGACAGCAUGAACAGCUACGGCUCAGAGGGCAAUCUAAAUUACAGUGGGAUGUGCCUUGCCUCUGACGCCCAAUUCAGUGACUUCCUAGAUGGGAUGGGCCCUGCACAGUUUGUUGGGCGACAGACAUUAGCCACAACAUCAUUGGGUGAUGUUGAAAUAGGCCUGCUGGAGCGAAAUGGUGGUUUGGAGGUGGAGAUUGUGCAGGCCAGAGGACUCACACAGAAACCUGGAUCCAAAGGACCUCCAGCGGCUUACAUUAAAGUGUACCUACUUGAAAAGGGGAUCUGUGUUGCAAAAAAGAAGACAAAGUCAGUUAGGAAAUCCCUGGACCCUCUGUAUAACCAAGUGCUGGUGUUCUCGGAGAGUCCACAGGCGAAAGUCGUUCAGGUGAUUGUUUGGGGAAACUACGGACGCAUGGAUCGUAAAUGUUUCAUGGGUGUCGCCCGCAUCUUAUUGGAGGAGCUGGAUUUGACGAGCAUGGUGAUUGGCUGGUACAAGCUUUUCCCCACCUCGUCCAUGGUGGACCCCACAAUGGCACCGUUGAUCCGGCACUCUUCCCAACUGUCCUUGGAGAGCACCGUGGGCCCAUCCUUUGAGCGCUCUUAA